AUGCCCGACGGUCCUGCUGAAAGUGAUGGCUCAACUCGUCAUGCUAAGGACUACUCUCCUGAGUUAUGCACCGUUCUUUUAAUGCGCCACGACUUUGCCUGGAGCUACGGACAGCCAUACAUUGGGAAUUAUACUCCCCCUGACUGCGAAUUCAACAGAGUCGUCCUCAACUUCAGCGUUGUCAGUCACGGACGGCAAUAUGACCGUCUAGCUCUUAUGUACUUCGGCAAUACUGAGGUUUCACAACCCACUGUCCCUCCUGGGAUUAGUUGGAUCUAUCUGAAGGACAUGACGGAAUACAUGUACUUUUGGAAGUCUCCACAAAAGAUCAUAUUUGAUCUCGGAAACUUAAUCAAUGAAAAGUAUACUGGAAUUUUCAAUACCACGUUGACAGCCAUCUUCUACAAAGCCGAUGUGGAUGCAGACCAGGGACGUCCCAGCGACUUGAUAAUCCCCAUUUCAGCACGGCGGUCAGCCAAGAAUGAAGUCAGUCACUUUACUCUCCCUGCGGAGAAUGCAACAAACACGAUCAUACUUCCACGUAACGUCCGUCGGGCUGUCUUUUCUGUGUCAGCAAAUGGGCAGACAGCUGGGGAAGAGUUUUGGUGGGCUAACGUGCUCCAAAGCACCGUGGACACUUUCAACGAAACAGCAGGCCCCUAUCCAGGGUAUAGCCCGUUCCGAGAGGUACAGGUAUUAAUCGAUGGACAGCUUGCGGGUGUUCAGUGGCCGUUCCCUGUCAUCUUCACCGGGGGAGUCGUUCCAUCUCUUCACCGCCCUAUCGUUGGAAUCCAUGCAUUCGACCUUAGGGAGCAUCAAAUCGACAUCACGCCCUUUUUGCCCAUAUUAUGUGACGGCAAUCCGCACACCUUUACCAUUCGCGUGGCUGGAAUUGAUGACUCCUCCGGUUCAGGUCACCUCACUGAAACUGUCAAUGACAGCUGGUAUGUCACAGGGAAGAUAUUCCUUUGGCUUGAUGAGGACACAUCUUCUAUUACAACGGGGAGUGCACCAGUUAUUCUUGAGGAUCCCCCCACGAUUGCUAUUUCUCACAAAGUCACGACGUCUGCCAAUGGCACCAACGAGACACUCACGUAUGAGACUGCUGUCUGGCGCCAUUUGCGCAUUAGCACUCCCCUUCUCAAGACACAGCACACUUCGUCACCAGCUACUUGGAUUCAAGAACUUCGCUAUCGUAAUAGUGGUGGUUUGACGGCUUUUGGCUACGACCAAGUGAACGACCUCGUUAUCUCUGGCAACGACUUGGCUUUGAGUGAUUUGCCUGGCCAGAGUGAUAAGGGUGAUCAGGACAAAGUUUACUACCAAGCGUCCUAUACUUAUCCUCUGUUUGCCAACUCAACCUUCUCGAUCUCUUCUCAAGGAAACCUCUCGAUAUGGGCUUACGUGCGCCAGGGCAAGUCCUACGUGGUUCGCGGCGCGAGUGUCUUUGCCACUGGCCUAGAGGCAUUCCCGGCCACGAGAGGAAAGAUCUCGCUCCUGGAGACAAGCAAGGAGGGCGAGGGCCAUUUUCAACAAAGCGGCGAUGGGAUAGAAAGCAGUGGAUGGGGAAGCUCGAAACAGGUCUUUUGGUUUGGAAUUCAGGGGCAGUAUGGUGAUAAGGAGGAGGAGUUGUACUUCAGGGAUGUUGAAGCCGUGAACGGGACGGUAGUCCGAGAUGUCAGAAGACUGGGCGGUCAAGAUUUUCAGCCAACACUUACCAGUGAAGACAAUGGAUCACAAGUCAGUGAUCCAACGGGAGACCAGGUAGAGGCUCAAAGGUCAACGGUGUUCGCUCGAAUCGCCCGACCUGUUUCGUUGAAGAGGAGCAAUUGGUCCCCUUGA